AUACAUUUACGUGUAUUCAGUACGUGCAGAGUCUUGCACGCUGCAGUCGAUUUGAAUCGCCGGUUGUAUCGACUGGAAACCAACACUCCAGUCUCCGUCAGCUGUCACUGUCGACACUUGUGUUCAGCGUUGUAGUAGAUGACCACGUCGAAAAUCAGCCACCCGGGAGGGAGGGAGGAUGCAUGUUUGGGACAGGUCGACCCAGGCAGCUCGCUUACUUACUGAGGUGUAGAUUUGCACCUUGAGUAGCGCCUGAACCGGUUUUAGAGCUGGAGGAAAUUUAGAACGGAUUAUAUUUUGUCAGUGAAGCGUGAGGGCCGGCCCAGAACCACUGUGUAAGGCUGCGGGUUAGACAUGAAGACAGGAGUACCCAGUGCCACAAAACAUGUGACAUAGGAUCUAUUUCGCUUCCUUGUGUGGAUAUAUGUACCUGGCGGGUAGAUGGACUGACUGUUCGGCGUUCAUGUGAUUUCUACCUGUUGUAUUGUGACACAGCUGCCCCGAGUGACAAGGGAGGGUUUUCCCCCACGGCGCUGUGACGUCACACAGCACAAUGGCGAACGACACACUAGGAGGGCUCAUUGCUGCAUCAUGUAUAGCAGGAGUACUGGCUAUCUGUCUCGUGGCACUCUUAAUCUACUGGUUCUACAACAGGAGUACAUCUUCGGAUUAUGUAAAGGAGCCCAUUCAGCCGGAGAUCCCGCUGACCACCCAGAGAUAUCACCCCCGCCCCUCCUACACCACACAUGCUGUACACCCACGGGCGAGACCGCCACUUAACUUCUUCACCGUGAGAGGUGGCCAGCAUGGGGUGCGCUAUCCCAGCUUCCGGCCGACGAUAGGCUACAGUGGGGCGGUCGUCUACCUAGAUGAUGAACAGGCCAGAAGAAAAGUUCAUGGGUCGUCCCAAUCUACAAUUCGCGAUCGUGAACGAGUCGCGAAUGGAGCGCCGAGCGGCCAUCUCGUCAGGGACGUUGAAACUGCAGAGGAAAGGAUGGACUUUGGAUCCUCGGAUAACGAACGCCCAAAUGGAAGAGUUUAUGAAUCCAACAGAGGGCGCACUAAAACACGUGACAGGCAUAGGGCUAAAUCUCGAGAUAAAAAGUCAAGGUCGAGGUCUAAGUCACGUGACAGAAUUGAAAAUUUGAGAAAAUCAAAAUCUGAUGACAAACGCAGCUCUCGGCGCAGUCACGAAUCCGCGACAAUCACGGCGAAGGAAGGCGAUAUCAUUCUGGCCCCGGCGAACAGCCAUCCGAAUCUCUCCGUAUCCAGGACGCUUUCCGCUCCCAUUACAACCGGCCUUGACCUUCACGUAUCAAGGAUCUCUCACAUCCGGGACCCUGACCCUGAACCAGAACCCCCUCGAUUGUCAAACGGAUCGGCAAUGCACUUUAACCAUGACCCACCACCAGAGCCCGAGCGGUUGUCGAACGGAUCGGCGAUGCAUUACAUCCCUGACCCGGAACCAUUUCCUGACCCUGUACCGGAACCUCGACGUGACCCCUCGCCCCAGCCAAUGAGCUACUCCUUUUAUAAACAAGAGGAACGGGAGGAGCCGACGAUGUUCGGGAGCAGCAAUGCAUCCUCGGCGUUCAAGGAGGCGACGCCACGGGCUGAUUAUCUUUUUGAUUCAACAUCAGACUUUCAGCGUCCCAUCGUGACACCCCGCGAGGACUACAACAUUCCCUUUGAGCACGAGGAGCAGGUUGUCACCUCUGCCUUCAGUUUCAUGAACGUCGAGAAAGAUGCUUUAAGAUCAGAACCAACGGAUAUCUACCCAGCUCGACAACCUCGACGCCCUCCCACCCCGCCUUAUGACGGCGAACCUGACAUUGAUCCGGAACCGGAACCGGAACCGGAAGCUGGCGAAGCUGAUUACUCCUACACACGGAGAAUCCCGACCCCACCCGACAUGAACCGAUCCUCUUCGCCGGAAGAUGACCCAACGUACAACCGGUUAAAAUUCCGCUCGCCCACUCCCCCACCUGGGAUGCUGCGCCGUGCGAAAGAAGACGUCGUAGACGAGGGGACUGAGACGUCACAGAGAGGAUCCAUGAGACAGAAGAUUAUUGGUAGCAGUGACUCUCCUAUUAAGAAUGCUCUGAUAGAAGAACUGAUGAAGCGACGACAACAAAGCGGGGAUGAACCCUCCCCUCCACCCCCUGCUUCGCCACUACCAGCUGAUUUUUUCCCGGAUGACGUUUCAGUUGACAGCUCCGGGCGUCGUGCAGUGCAGUUCACCAUGUCGCCACCAGAGAUUAUCCCUCGGGAUCAGGAGGGCCCCGAGUCUCCAGAGUUUAGUGGCGUUAAUUCGCCAUUUGACUCAGUGCCGGCCCCACCCCCACCCCCUCCUCCGCCACCCCCUCCGCCACCCUCGACCAAGCUUUGAUGUCACGGUCGGGCUACAUUGUUCCAGUGUCCGAUGAUGAAACACAGUACCUAACGCGUCGCCGUCGCAUCGUACGCGUCUUAGCCAAAACAAUCAAAAGUAUUUGUGUACAGUGUUAAGUGAUGGAUGUGUCUGUACUAUGGAUAAAGUGCCUUGUUAUAUGCCUUCGUUAUUUGUCUGGACAUGGCAAUAGGCUGACAUCUGACGGUUGGACAGAAUAUUAAUUAAGACGUCGAUGUCAUAAACUAUGAGAGGGAUGUUUGACAUGAGAGAAUAUCACGUGACACACUCUCCACCCUGAUUACAUUUUCCACCCUAUGCCAAUACCACGUGCAAUGUGUGCCUGUCAAGGUCACGUGACCUUCAGCGCUGUAUUGUGUUGACGUGUUUGAGGACAACACCACGUGACUACAACGUUCUACUCAACCUAUAGACAAUAUACACCACAAGGGCUCCGUUCUACUUAUAUAGAAGCAUAUUUACAUAUCAAAUGUCUUUACUGGGAUGGACUGUAAACUCACUUUCACAAAACUGGAUUGAAUUCGACACCCAUGUUAUAUAUAUCAUCGUGGUCAUGACUAAACGUAACGACUGAAAUCGGCCAUUUCAAGAAACGCAGGGACUAAGAAUUGUAUACAUCCGAGGCAUCAUUGCUUCAUGUACUUUAGAUAUUUCCUACCCAUAGCGGUGUUAAUUGUCACGCUCCUGUCGUUAUAAACAUGUGCAGAAAACUGUCCAUUAAAAGUAUUAAUAUAUCUUCAUAGAUUUAGUUGUUUUCCAUGUUUAAUUACGCUCAGCAGCAUCUAUACUGCUCAAACAAUGUUAAGGGCCGCCCGAUUCAUUCACAUAACCAUAGUUAAUCUGACCUGCCAUGUCCACCCAGAGUCGAGUACCAGAACCAUUUGUAAAUAGGAGUCCUCGAGUUACCCUCGAACGCCCCUGUUGUCAGCAGAGGAAAGAUGUAUUAUUCAUUGGAAACUAUAUUGACAAUAUGUUUAGUCAUUAUGUCACUAAUCAAAUGAUAUGAAUUUGUUAUAAAUAUGACGAAAUUAACGCCUGCAAAUAGUCAUUUCCUUUUAUCUUGCGAUGCAUGUAUACUUUUAAACUGGCCAUAAACAAUAUCUUCAUGUUUGUGUAAUUAGUUUCUUCUUACCUAUAGUGUUUGUCUUAAGUCUGUAGUUUGCUCAAAGAAAACUAUAUUCCCUGGACAAGUUGCAAGAGGAAGCAAGUGUAUGUUAUGUAUUGUGUCAAGAAUUUAAAGGCUUGUACAAGACGAUUCCACUCACGAUUCUCCGUGGUUCUGUUAUGUGCUGUGGAAAAAACUAAAUAAUGUGGAUUUCAACUUCUAUUACAAAUUGUUAUUUGUUGAUAUUCGCUUUUGCGUCCCCCGGCUGCAAAAUCCGCUGGGCCUGGGUUCGAGUCCUAGAUUUGCACCGAUUAUGAUCCUUGCAAGUCAGCAUAUGUUUCAUCUAAGUGCUAAAGGUAUACUAGUACCACGUUUUUCUUCACCCAUAACCUGAAACUCCAUACAGAACUGAAAUAUACCUCUCCACAUUACAUAGGGAUAUUUUAAUAUCUCCACGAUACACAAAACUGGUUGUCAUAAUAUGCCAAGUGUGUGUAUAAUUAUAAAUAUCUAUCCCUAUCCAAAUUUAAGUAGUAUAUUAUUCAAAGCGACGUUAAACCAAUAUCUCCUCUUGAGUGCUACUCAACAUGUUUUCGGUGUUUGGGGAGUUCCAUGGCAAAUUUUGCAGGUCUACAUUAAUCUAGGUAAAUUAAUGUACAGGAAUAUACAUCUGUUUAAAUGGGGGGAACAUUUCAUUUUGCCAACAAUGUAACAACCACGAAAACUUACUUAAUAUGAACAUAGUUCCGUAAGCAAAUUUCUAAAUAGCUUCUUAUUACAUUUCAAUAAGAAACUGUCGAAGAAUGCAAUCAUGUAGCAUCGGUGGCAAUAUCUUGUUAUGUUAGCUGUUAAAAACGGCGAUGUUGUUUAUGUGUAUUUGUAUGAUAUAUAGAAAGAUAUAGAAUUGUUUGAUAUCAUAUUGUAAUAUAACAGAUUAUAUAUAUGGAGAUAUGACUGUUGUCAGAUUAUGUGUGAUAUAUAAUUUUAUACAAAAUAAAUUGUUUAAAACAG